AUGUUUCUUUUUGAAAUCUUUUGAAAUUAUUUUGAAUCUGAAAUAAUUUUAAAGCUAGAAAUCUGGUGCACACUCAAAUGUAGAUAGGUCAAUCCCUGGAAUGAAAAAUUCAAGGAGAUUUUCAGGCUUUUAAGGAAAACGAAAAUUUAAGAAGAAUUUCAGGUUUACAAGGCUUUUAAGAUCGCUGGAAACCCUGCAUUAUUUUUAAUACAUGUGGUUCAAUUUGUUUUCAUUGUAUGGUUGGAUUUUUGAAAAAUUAACAAAGGGCCUUUGGUAAACCAUUACAUAUGCCAUUGUUAUUUAAAAUUGUUUAUUUUUAUCAGCGACUUGUAGUUAUAUCUAAUCUGCUGCUACACUACCAGCGAAAGCAGUCAGUAUCGACUCCAGUAAACAGAAAUAUGUUAACUAAAACUAUUAGUAUAAUUUUCAAAGCAAGUGGACAUCAUUAUUCUGUGACCAAAAUCUUGAAAUUGGUUUGUUCCUUAAAUUUGUCGAAAUAAAAAGAACAUAAGAGAAGUAAAAUGUAUUUCUUUAUUCGUUCUAAGAUAUUUGAGUGAAAAUCGAAAUGGAAUUAAAUAAAUCAUUUUUAUUGUACACCUUUUUGAGUAAUGGUGAAUCUGAAUCAGGAAAAAGGAUCGGCGACGCUAAAAGAAGAAGAGCUUAUUUUCAACAGUUUAUAAGUUUUCUCUCUGGUUAUAUUUUGAUGAUGGAUGUUGGCUCAAGCAUGGUAUGGCCUUCACCAGCACUGCCCUAUCUAACAAGUGAAAAUUCAACAAUUCCAAUAUCAAAUGCUCAAGGUGCUCUUCUGGCAGCGAGUAUGAAUAUUUCUGCAAUAAUUGCAUUGCUCCUGUGUCCACUAGUAGUGGAUCGAAUCGGGAUUAAAUACACGAUCCAAGUAAUCGGAUUAUUGCAGCUACUGUCAAAAAUUUUACUGUACAUAGCUGAUAACUACAUCUUUUUACUUGUAACAAGAUUGUUGACUGGUAUCGGUUGGAUUGCAAUGUACGCCUUUUUCCCUCUUUACAUGGGCGAAAUUGCUGCUGAAAAUGUCAGAGGAAGAUUUCUGAUUUUUGACAAAAUCUGUGUGAACUUGGGAUCCUUCCUUAUGUCAAUCGCCGGAGCUUUUCUGGCUUAUAACACUAUGAACCUAGUUAUGAUAUCCAUACCGCUAAUUGCUAUACUACUUUUUCCACUGAUGGAAGAAACUCCAUAUUUUCAUUUGAUCAAGGGACGGGAAGAGGAAGCUGCUAAAACUCUAAUGAGAUUGUCGGCAGAUAAUGGAGUUAAGAAUGUUAAGGCAAAUAUUGAAAGAAUGAAGAAUGCUAUUCUGAAAGGACAAAUUUCAAAGCAAACUAGCAUCAGAGAAUUAUUCAGCGAUAGGGCAAGUCGGAGGGCUUUGAUAAUCAAAACGAUUGCAGAAACAACAUACAUUUUCUCAGGCUAUCAUGCAGUUCAAGCUUAUGCACAAGAAAUUUUUAGCUACAGUGGUUCAAACUUAGCGCCAGGAUACUCAGUGAUGAUCAUGACAGGAAUUCAAAUUUUUGCUGGCUUGCCAUCUUCUCAAAUAGUUGAUCGAUGGGGAAGAAGGCCAACUUUUUUACUAUCCGGAGUAUCGUCUGCACUUUCAUUAGCAAUUGUGGGCCUAUUUUUCUUUUUAAAAAUCUUUCUUCAAGUUGAUGUUUCUUCUAUUGCUUGGCUACCACUUGCUGGUUUGAUAUCAUUUACUUUUUCAUGCAACAUGGGACUCAGCACUGUUCCUUAUGUUUAUAAAGGAGAACUUUUUUCUGUUAAAGUGAAGAAUGUGGCGACUACCUUCUCAACGAUUAUAGCAUCAGCAUUAGGUUUUACUACACACAUUCUUUUUGCGUUAUUACACGAACGUAUUGGUAUUUACUCAAGUUUUUGGAUUUUUGGGUUGGUUUGUUUUGUGGGAUCAGUCACUGUCUUUUGUAUUGCACCGGAAACUAAAGGAAAAAAUCUAGAAGAAAUUUUAGAAUUGUUAAGUAAAAAAAAUUAGAAUAUAAAAAAGAGGGAUUGUGGGAC